AAUAAUUCAGUAAGCGGAAUCUUUCAAUUCAGCCUUUAGAUGUUUAAAAUAAAUAAACGUUAAAGUAUCACACUAUGCAAAUGGUGAAAGCGGUGUUCUAUUGGUUUUUAUCAGUGAAUUAUCAGUCGUAAACUAUCAAAAAAUGAAGAUGGACUGCAAAUGGUUCAUGUUGAUCGGUUUGAGGUCGGCACGCAGCAUGUGUUCACUGCCCUUACGUCCAUUUGCAACUUCAGGUUCAUGGUUAGUGUAGGACAUAUUGUAUGCGUUCCACGAUCGUGGAGCCCUGUGAGCUCUUGCCCUCCCUUGCCCUCAUCCAAUAGCAUUUUAAAGGAUAUAUUCCGUGUAUGUGUGUGCGUGUGUGCGUGUGUGUGCGCGCGCGCGCGUGUGUGUGUGUUAGAGAAGGAGAAAUUAAUGUGCAUGUGCAGAGUGAUUAGUGGGUUUGAAAAGCAAGCUCUGGCUCUGCCCGGUUUCCCGCUCUGGCACCACGAAGUAGGAGGAAGUGUUUCGCUAGAAGAUGAUGACAGAGGUCAGGCACUGCUAAUGGGCCACUGAAGAGGAGUGGAGGCGAGGCACAGACCAGGAACACAUACAUUAAUACACUAGUACCAUCACCAAUCAGCAUAGGGAUUUCAAUCUCUAUUCAAGAUCACUUGGAAAAUAUAUACAAGGACAAUUAUUCGACGGGGCUAUCCAGCGCUGUGGCUCCGUCUCUUUUGCGCUCAGACUUAUCAACAAGGGCUUUGGCUGCAGUGUACACAGGAUGCCUCAAAAAGAAUACUAUAACCGGGCCACGUGGGAAUCUGGCGUUGCGUCCAUGAUGCAAAACAAGGUGUAUGACAUCUGUAACGAAGGUCACAGCGGAGUGAAUCAGCUUGGCGGAGUGUUCGUGAACGGCAGACCCCUGCCCGACUCAACCAGACAGAAAAUAGUCGAGCUUGCUCACAGUGGCGCGCGGCCGUGCGAUAUAUCCAGGAUUCUGCAGACCCAUGGUGAUGCAAAAGUCCAAGUGCUGGACAAUGAAAACGUGUCAAACGGCUGUGUGAGUAAGAUUCUGGGCAGAUACUAUGAAACUGGCUCCAUCAGACCAAGGGCGAUCGGGGGUAGCAAACCAAGAGUAGCAACUCCCGAGGUGGUCGGAAAAAUUGCCAUAUACAAGAGGGAGUGCCCGUCAAUCUUCGCGUGGGAAAUUCGUGACAGACUGCUUUCAGAGGGGGUCUGCACAAACGAUAAUAUACCCAGUGUAAGUUCAUUGAGUGUGUCAUCGAUAAACAGAGUACUGCGCAACCUGGCUAGCGAAAAGCAACAGAUGGGCGCAGAUGGCAUGUAUGAGAAGUUGAGAAUGCUGAACGGUCAGACUGGGACGUGGGGAACCCGGCCGGGUUGGUACCCCGGAACCUCAGUGCCAGGACAGCCCAACACAGAUGGUUGCCCACCGUCAGACGGCGGAGGUGAGAACACUAAUUCAAUAAGUUCGAAUGGAGAAGACUCGGAUGAGACCCAAAUGAGACUUCAGCUGAAAAGAAAAUUGCAAAGGAACCGCACUUCGUUCACACAAGAACAGAUAGAAGCGCUUGAGAAAGAGUUUGAAAGAACUCACUAUCCAGAUGUUUUCGCAAGGGAAAGACUUGCUGCCAAAAUUGACCUCCCAGAGGCCAGAAUACAGGUGUGGUUUUCAAAUAGAAGGGCAAAGUGGAGGAGAGAGGAGAAACUCCGGAAUCAAAGGCGGCAAGCCAGUAACUCCUCCAGUCACAUCCCUAUCAGCAGCAGUUUCAGCACCAGUGUCUACCAGCCCAUCCCACAGCCCACGACACCAGGUUGGAUAUCGUUCUCGUCAGGAUCCAUGUUGGGAAGACCAGACACAGCCCUUACAAACACAUACAGUGCCCUGCCACCUAUGCCAAGCUUCACCAUGGCCAACAACCUGCCUAUGCAAGCUCCUGUGCCCAGCCAGACCUCCUACUCCUGCAUGCUGCCCACCAGUCCAUCAGUCAACGGGCGGAGCUACGACACGUACACCCCUCCUCAUAUGCAGGCACAUAUGAACAGCCAGUCAAUGGCAGGCUCAGGAGGCAACUCAACAGGUCUCAUCUCUCCUGGAGUAUCUGUUCCUGUCCAAGUGCCAGGCAGUGAAGCAGACAUGUCCCAGUACUGGCCCAGGCUACAGUAGAGACACGACUACCGUCAACGUGUGACUCCUCGGAUAUUGUCUUGAAUCGAAGAGGCUGUCCAGCAGUAUUUAAUUACAGACAAGAGAAAAUAGACUCUAAAAGACACUAUUUUGUACUGGGAUUGUGCCAGUCUCUAUCAUUCUUUGGAGGCAAAGACUUGAAAAAGAAAAAAAGAGAAAGGACUUCUGUAAAGUGCCCGGUGUAACAUCCUUAAUGGGGGGAAAAAUAUCUCUGUUCUCCGUUUCCAACUUAUGUCAUUUUUGGUGUAUUUGUAUAUGGCCAUUUGUAUGUCAUAAUGAAAAAACAACAACGUGGAUGGACUGUGAAACUGAGUUGUUCCUUGCUUCUGCUGAAAAGAAGAUAAUUUGUGAAGAAUUUUCUGCCAUUAAUAGUUUUUGUCAACGUAUAUCAAGAAGCUCUCCCAGUCUGUGUACAGAAUGUGGACUCUGGUGAAACAAGUUUGUAUCAUUCAAAGGCAGAGCUGGACCAGCAGGUACCAGCUGGGUACGAGAAGCCCAUUUCUCUGUUCUUUUCUUUUCCAAAGCUUUCUGGCAGAAUCAUUGUAAAUGGAAAGCAUUAACCGCUAAAAAAAGAGGUGAAAAAAAAAAAAAAUUGGUAGCUAAAAACUGUAGAUUGUGUCUUCGAUAUAAUUCAGUUUGUUAUGUCGAAAUGUAAGUAUUGGUCUUCCCUAGCAGUCUCCCGGACACAAUUUCUAUAAUAAAGUUAAUUUCAUUUAUAUUU